AUGGCUGUUAUGUGGGACAACAACGGUGCGCGGCUCCCGGUGACGGUGCUUCAGCUUGAGAACUGCCAAGUCACCGCGAACGUCAAGACCGUCCGAGCAGAUGGGUCGGAAUACCAUGCCGUCCAAGUCGCUGCGUCCGACAGGCCAGAAAAGACGACCACCAAGCAGAUGCUUGGUCACUUCAAGAAGGCUGGCGUUCCUCCAAAGCGCACAGUCAAAGAAUUCCCUGUCACUCCGGAUGCUCAUGUGCCUGUUGGAACAACACUUUCGGCCAUUCACUUUGUUCCAGGUCAAUUCGUGGACGUCAUCUCAAAUUCCAUUGGCAAGGGUUUCCAAGGAACUAUGAAGCGAUGGAACUUCAAGGGUCUCCGUGCGAGCCACGGUGUCUCGGUAUCUCACCGUUCGGCUGGAGCCAUCGGUGCUCAUCAAGACCCAGGUCGUGUUUGGCCUGGUAAGAAAAUGGCCGGAAGACUAGGUGGCGAGAGGACAACGACGCAAAACCUCACCGUCGUCCGCGUUGACACAACCCUCGACCUCAUCUUUGUUCGCGGCUGUGUCCCUGGCGUUGAUGACGCAUUCGUCAUGAUUCGGGACGCCAAAAAGAAGAUGGAGAGUGUCGCUCGCGUCGCUUACACCAAGGGCCAGUUUGACAAAGUCCUGCCAAAACAUGUCGAUGAUCUGCCGUUCCCUGCCGGCACGAGGGAAUUGGCGGCCCAACUUCCUCCGGUCAUUGUCGCGCCUUCUCACCGUGUGACAAGCCCCUUCACUCCUCGGGAAUAG